CACUGAAUAACAAGCUAACUGACUGACUAAUUCAUUGUCUGAUUGACGUACGUUGAUCUACGUUUGAAGGAAUCUCAAUGAUGCUUUUACCUGUGAGACUAUAGGACUGCUUCUUCUGCUACAAGGCAGCGAGAGUCACACUGCCUGAGAGAAAGACAGACUCCUUCGCAUUUGAAAGAAAAAAAUGAAUCAAUAAAGGUGUCUGUCAUCAUACCUCUCUCCGGGCUGACUGUCACUUGUGUCACGUCAGCCGAUAUGUAUCACACUAACUGACUGAUGAAUGAUUGUGCAAGCCCACCCUUACCUUAUAUGGGGUGUCCUCUAAUAUCCACCUCAAAUAUCCACAUAACUAAAUUCGCGAACCACCCUUGUAUGCAAUUGUUUAGCGGAAGCAGUGAAUAUGGCUCGCAGUUAUUUCCACGUUGCCAUAAUUGUUGUGGCUCUCUUCAUUGCUCGAGGAGAUUCUCUGAGCUGUUACAAAUGCACCAGCGAAGAUUCCGCCAAAGACUGCAAGUCAAAGAUGGAGUCAAUAACAUGCCCAUCAGGAACAUUAAAAUGUCUCACAGGUACAUUUAAGUGCACUCAGGGCAGUACCAAGACAACGAUCUACUACAAGAGAUGUAAUGCCCCAAAUUUGUCGAGCUGUGGAGCCAGUCCACAAGAUUUGCCCAAAUGCCCCACGUCGCCUGGCCAAUGGGAAACCACCGAAAUAGAAAACUGCUGCACUGGAGACAACUGCAACUCAGGAUCAUCACACAGCAUCAACCAAGUCAUGCUAGGAAUAUGCAUGGCAUUUGGUUUCUGGCUUCUAGCCUUUAUUCAUUAAGUCUUGCUCAAAGACUGGUUUGAGAUGCUUUCAGUGUUUGAUCAACCUAUAAAUUAGCUGAGUUGUUGUAACACAAAUUACUAGACAAGUACUUGUAGAAGUCUUGCUGUCGUUACGUAUGAAAUGUGGUAAGACCAUGUAAGUGGUGCCAUAAACAGUAGAUAAACAGUAGUGCAGAUUCAAAGGUGGUCCAAAGGAGAAGCACUGGUAGAGGUGUACAAGAAUGGGCCCAGUCUUCCUCCAUUAAGGGGAGGUGAGAGCCUGAACUACUCCCAGGUAGAAUCUGUUUGUUAGUCAAUUAAAACCUUAUAUGUAGACUUUACUUGAGUCACACAGAAUAGACCUCUUUACACUGUGAGCAAUCCCUCUUUUGCUUAGCCAACAUGAAAUGUAGUAAUGCAUGAUUUCAAGAAUAAAGAGAAUAGAAAGCUUCAAUAAAUAUGUAAGAGAAUAGCAAA